CAACCCAAACCGUCGGGGGGCGUGGCCUGGGCCCCCUCCCCCAUCCCGGGACGCUGGGUUUGCGAAGGGGAAGCUGGCCGCAGGGGCGAGUCUCCUGCUGGUCUCGGGUCUGGCGGCGCUCUCAGAAGUGGCACCAUGGAACGCUCCCUGGGAGAGGGCCCCAGCCCCAGCCCUGUGGACCAGCCCUCCGCUCCUUCCGAUCCCCCCGACCUGCCCCCUGCUGCUCACACAAAGCUGGACCCUGAUUUCGGGGUUCCACCUGCAGGCCCAGGUGCGGGGAGUGAGGUGUUGGCGGUGCUGACUUCGUUCGCGCGACGGCUGUUGGUGCUGGUGCCAGUGUACCUGGCCGGGGCAGCGGGCCUCAGCGUGGGUUUCGUGGUUUUCGGCCUCGCCCUCUACCUGGGCUGGCGCCGGGUCCGAGACGAGAAAGAACGGAGUCUUCUGGCGGCCAGGCAGCUACUGGACGACGAGGAGCGGCUCACGGCCAAAACGCUGUACCUGAGCCAUCGGGAGCUACCUGCCUGGGUCAGUUUCCCAGAUGUGGAGAAGGCUGAAUGGCUGAACAAGAUUGUAGCCCAGGUUUGGCCCUUCCUGGGCCAGUACAUGGAAAAGCUUCUGGCUGAAACUGUGGCACCAGCUGUUCGGGGAUCUAACCCCCAUCUGCAAACAUUUACCUUCACACGAGUGGAACUGGGGGAAAAGCCACUGCGCAUCAUAGGAGUCAAGGUUCACCCUAGUCAGAGAAAAGAUCAGAUCCUGCUGGACUUGAAUGUCAGCUAUGUAGGUGAUGUGCAGAUUGAUGUGGAAAUAAAGAAAUAUUUCUGCAAAGCAGGAGUCAAGGGCAUGCAGCUACAUGGCAUCUUGCGGGUGAUUCUUGAGCCGCUCAUGGGAGACCUUCCUAUUGUGGGGGCCGUGUCGAUGUUCUUUAUCCGACGCCCGACUCUAGAUAUCAACUGGACAGGCAUGACCAACCUGCUGGAUAUCCCAGGACUUAGCUCUCUCUCUGACACCAUGAUCAUGGAUUCCAUUGCUGCCUUCCUCGUGCUGCCCAACCGCCUGUUGGUUCCCCUUGUGCCUAACCUUCAGGAUGUGGCCCAGCUGCGCUCCCCUUUGCCCAGGGGCAUUAUUAGGAUUCACCUGCUAGCUGCUCGAGGGCUGAGUUCCAAGGACAAAUACGUGAAGGGCCUGAUUGAGGGCAAGUCAGACCCAUACGCACUUGUGCGUGUGGGCACCCAGACCUUCUGCAGCCGCGUGAUCAACGAGGAGCUCAACCCUCAGUGGGGAGAGACUUACGAGGUGAUGGUGCACGAGGUGCCGGGGCAGGAGAUCGAGGUGGAGGUGUUUGACAAGGAUCCAGAUAAAGAUGACUUUCUGGGCAGAAUGAAGCUGGAUGUAGGGAAAGUAUUACAGGCUGGAGUACUGGAUGACUGGUACCCUCUACAAGGUGGACAAGGCCAAGUUCACUUAAGGCUAGAGUGGCUGUCACUUCUGCCAGAUGCAGAGAAACUGGAGCAGGUUCUACAGUGGAAUCAGGGAGUCUCCUCUCAGCCAGAGCCUCCAUCAGCUGCCAUCCUAGUUGUCUACCUGGAUAGAGCCCAGGAUCUUCCUCUAAAGAAGGGGAACAAGGAACCCAACCCCAUGGUACAACUGUCAAUUCAGGAUGUGACCCAGGAGAGCAAGGCGGUCUACAGCACCAACAGCCCAGUGUGGGAGGAAGCUUUCCGGUUCUUUCUGCAAGAUCCUCGAAGCCAGGAGCUUGAUGUACAGGUGAAGGACGACUCCAGGGCCCUGACUUUAGGGGCACUGACUUUGCCUCUGGCUCGCCUGCUCACUACCUCGGAACUCACUCUGGACCAGUGGUUCCAGCUCAGUGGCUCUGGCCCAAACUCCAGGCUCUACAUGAAGCUGGUCAUGAGGAUCCUGUGCUUGGAUUCAUCACAAAUCUGCUUCCCCACUGUGCCUGCUGCCCCUGGUGCUGAGGACCUGGACAGCGACAGUCCCACAGCAGGCAGCAGUGUGGACGCCCUUCCUCAGCCCUGUCACACCACUCCUGACAGACACUUUGGGACUGAGAAUGUGCUUCGGAUCCACAUAUUAGAGGCCCGGGACCUGAUUGCCAAAGACCGUUUCUUGGGAGGACUGGUGAAGGGCAAGUCAGACCCCUAUGUCAAACUGAAGCUGGCAGGACGAAGCUUCCGGAGCCGGGUUGUUCGGGAAGAUCUCAACCCACGCUGGAAUGAGGUUUUUGAGGUGAUCGUCACAGCAAUUCCAGGCCAAGAGCUGGAUGUUGAGGUCUUUGACAAGGACUUGGACAAGGAUGACUUUCUGGGCAGAUGUAAAGUGGGUCUCACCACAGUCCUAAAUAGCGGCUUCCUGGAUGAGUGGCUGACCCUUGAAGACGUCCCAUCCGGCCGCCUGCACUUGCGCCUGGAGCGUCUGAGCCCCCGGCCCACCGCUGCUGAUUUAGAAGAGGUGCUGCAGGUGAACAGUCUGAUCCAGACGCAGAAGAGUGCAGAACUGGCCUCGGCCUUGCUGUCUGUCUAUCUGGAGCGGGCAGAGGACCUGCCGCUCCGAAAAGGCACCAAGCCUCCCAGCCCUUACGCUACUCUCACCGUGGGGGAGAUGUCUCAUAAAACUAAGAUUGUUCCCCACUCUUCAGCCCCUGUCUGGGACGAGAGCGCUUCCUUUCUCAUCAGGAAGCCACACACGGAGAGCCUGGAAUUGCAGGUGCGGGGUGAGGGGACAGGCACCCUGGGCUCAUUAUCACUGCCCUUUUCGGAGCUCCUGGAGGCAGACCAACUCUGCCUGGACCGCUGGUUUGUGCUCGCCAAUGGCCAGGGGCAGGUGCUACUGAGAGCACAGCUGGGGAUCCUGGUGUCCCAGCACUCGGGUGUGGAAGCUCACAGCCACAGCUCUUCCUCUCUGACUGAAGAAGCAGAGCCCUGGGGAGGCCUCCCGCAUGCCACCUCCUCAGCUCCCGAGCUCCGGCAGCGCCUUGUCCACGGUGACAGUCCUCUCGAGGCCCCUGUCGGCCCCCUGGGCCAGGUGAAGCUGACUGUAUGGUACUACAGUGAAGAGCGGAAGCUGGUCAGCAUUGUCCACGGCUGCCGGGCCCUGAGACAAAAUGGACGGGAUCCCCCUGACCCCUAUGUGUCACUGCUGCUGCUGCCAGACAAGAACCGAGGCACCAAGAGGAAGACCUCCCAGAAGAAGAGGACCCUGAACCCUGAGUUCAGUGAACGGUUUGAGUGGGAGCUGCCCCUGGACGAGGCGCUCAGGCGAAAGCUGGAUGUCUCUGUGAAGUCCAGUUCCUCCUUCAUGUCCAGAGAGCGGGAGCUGCUGGGGAAGGUGCAGCUGGAUCUAGCCGAGAUAGAUCUUGCCCAGGGUGCGGCCCAGUGGUAUGACCUGAUGGAUGACAAAGGCACCUCGUAGGAGCUGGCCAUGACCAGCCAGACUCUGCUCCAUUUCCUGCCUUGCCUGUCCCCAUCACUGCCUCAAUGUGAUGAGCCCAAAGCUGGGGCCUGAGCCUGUGCCCUUUGGCCCUUUUGCCCUCAGGCCCAAACCAGGGCCUUUGCCUGACCAAAGAGAAGGACUGUGUCCUCCUUCACUGCAUGGCCUUUUUCCGCAGGCUCUUGGGACAGGGACCUGAGCUGGCCCUCUCCUGCUCUACCUGCACACUGUUAUUACCCCACCUCCUCAGGGCCUUCAUACCUGUGCCUGGCCACUGGCAGCACUAGCGGUGGUGUUAGCUUAUGCCAAAUACAGCUCCUGGAAGGACCUUUCUUCUUUAACUGGAUGGGGCACCUUCUUCCCUACCGUGAGCAGUCAGGGAGGGUGUGUGUGGAAGGAAGACGGCAGCUUUCGAGCUUGAGCCUCUCGCACUACUGCAUGUAGCAAACGUACAGGGCCGGGGCCACAUCCAGUCCUGUCCUGAAAACACCUGCUAUGAUGAGGGACACUUGCAUUCUACCCACCUUUCACGUAAUAGGGUGCCAGUCUUGGAGCCCCAGGCUGGGGAUAUGCAGAUGGCCUUGAAGGACUCAGGCCAAUUUUUCUGUCCAAGUGCCUGGAUUAUAAAUUCACUGACUAGAACUGAAUCUGACAGUUUUGCAUCAACUGUCAAUCCACUGUAUCUUAUAUUAAAUAUUAUAC